AUGGACAAAUUAUCGGCUCUCCGAACCGGAAGUUCACUACCACCGCCAAAAGCCAAACCAAAAGCAGCCCCCACCGACUUCUCGCCGUUGCCGUGGAGCGAUUUUUUUGACGCCGCUGAUGAUAUAGAGAUUGAAGGCGACACGUUUCGGGUGUAUUCCAAGGGCACGACGGGUCCUGUUUUCUUCCUCUUUCAUGGCGGCGGCUAUUCCGGGUUGACGUGGGCUUGUUUCGCGAAAGAACUAUCCGAGCGUGUGGAAUGCCGAGUCGUUGCCCCGGAUUUUCUAAAAGUGCUGUUUUUGGCGGGGACCGAUCGAUUGGAUAAGGAGUUGAUGAUCGGCCAGAUGCAGGGCAAAUUCCAGACGACGUUGCUGAAAAAAGUCGGACAUGCUAUUCAGGAAGAUUCCCCAUCCGAUCUGGCCGACGAGUCAGCCCGUUUCGUCGUCCGGCACCAAUUCACCACGCUGAAGGGCGAUAUCAAGAAUAUGAAAAAGCCGGGUAAAACCUACCAUCGGGCCGAUGUGAUCCAGGACAAGGCGGCCGACGCGCCAUCAAUCGUCGAUGCCGUCCAGUUUCACGGGGUGCGCAUGACGAAAAGCGACGCCCUCGUGAAGGAGAUCACGGAGCUGUACCGGUCGGCCAACCUCGAUCAGCUCGUCCACAAUUCACACUUGGCGGCUAGGCACUUGCAGGAAGUAGGCCUAAUGGAGAAUGCAACGGCGCUCAUUGACAUCUCCCCCGGCGAAGAUCGGUACAUUGUCAACUUUGUCGUCAAGGAGCCAAAACCCUUCACGCUCGGUGUGAAAGCCGGGAUGAGCACGCAGGGAGAUGCGGAUUUGUCGCUAAACGCCGGGAAAGCGAGUUUUCUAGGGAGAGGAGAGACGGCAAAUGCUUCUUAUGCAUAUACCGUAAAAGGCGACCACAGCUUCAGCCUCUCGCUGAUGAAGCCGUUCCUCGGCUGGCAAAAAUACUCGAACAUCUCGAUGUCGGCGUUCAGGUCGAUGGCGCAUUUGCCGUGGAAUCAGUCAAAUCUCAACGAAAAUGCCCUCAUUCUGCAAUACAACGGCCAACUGCUCGACAAGCGAUUGUUGCAUACCGUCAAAUUAAAUACGAUUUGGCGCACUUUGGAAGCAACGGAUGAGGCGGCGUUUGCCGUCCGGGAAUUUGCCGGGCACACGAUCAAAUUCUCCGUGGAGAAUGCGAUAGCCUAUGAUACGAGGGAUCGGCCGCUGUUGGCGACGAAAGGAUUAUUGGCAAGGAUCAACCAAGAAUACGCGGGCCCUCUCGGCGACAGCCAUUUUUGGAAGAACCAACUCGAUUUCCAAGGCGCCACCAAGCUUAUUGGAGAUCUGGUGCUUGGCCUAUCACUCCAGUUAAAAACGGUAAACGGACUCGGAAACCGAGAACUUCACCUGCUGGACCGUGUCUACCUGGGCGGAAAUCAAGACUUGCGAGGCUUUGGGCUGAACUCACUUGGGACACGAUCAAAUAAUUCCUCGCUCGGCGCCGGCACAACGGCAGCCGGUGUGCUUCACCUCUACCAACCGCUCUUCCCCAAGGAUAUGGUAUUCGCGCACGCGUGGCUGGCGAGCGGUUCGUUCGCCUCGGUUCGGGCACGAUCAGCGAUGAGGGAGAUGAUCAAUUCACAACGGGUCACCGCCGGCAUCGGGUUGACGCUCAUUUUCAAGAACAUUUUCCGAUUCGAGCUGAACUACGUGCAUCCACUCAAAUACACGGUCGGCGAUUCCGUGACGCGGGGCAUCCAUUUCGGGGCUGGCAUCAAUUUCUUG